UGGGCCAGCACCCGGAGGGACCUCUUCUCCGAGGCCUUCUGCGAUGAGUUUUCCAAGCUGCAUGUUGAGGUGAGCCCACACCCGUGGGGCCACACUGAUGAGCUCCUGAGGAAGGCCUUUGGCGAGGACUGGAUGGGCAUCCUCAAGUUCCAAAGCCAGGAGCCGGUUGGCUCAGGCUGUGUUGCCCAGGUGUAUAAAGCCUAUGCUGAUCUCACAGCUAUUGCUGGCUCCCAGGCCAAGGAACUAGCACAACGCUCAGAGUUACGGUCCGCUUUUGAAGCGUGGCAAGUGUCAGGCUUUAGAGGCCUCCUCAGGUGGCUGAGGAGGACGACGAGUGAGGAGAUGCGGGAUGAGCUGAAGCCAGCAGAGUGCUCCCGGGGAAGUCCUGUGAGUGGGAUGUCCCUUAUGGAGCAGACAGCCAAGCCACUCCUGAAUGCAAAUCCUUCAUCAGCCAGACCUCUCACGCCGGUAGCCAUUAAAGUCCUGCAUCCUGGGCUAGUCCACCAAGUCCAGAUGGAUCUGUUUCUCAUGAAGAUGGGUAGCUGCAUCAUUGGACUUCUCCCUGGAUUCAAGUGGCUCAGUUUGACAGAGAUUGUGGAGGAGUUUGAGAAGCUUAUGAUUCAGCAGAUUGACUUACGCUAUGAAGCCAGAAAUCUGGAGCGCUUCCGACAGAAUUUCCUAGACGUCGAUUUUGUGAAGUUUCCAACUCCCCUUUGGCCUUUGGUAACGACAGAUGUUCUAGUGGAAACAUUUGAGGAGAGUGAACCUAUUUCGCACUUCCUGCAUGCAGAGAUUGCCGCAGACCUGAGGCAGAGACUUGCAAAGAUGGGCAUGGACAUGCUGCUAAAGAUGGUCUUUGUUGACAACUUUGUCCAUGCUGACCUGCACCCUGGGAACAUCCUGGUUCAAGGCACGGCCCACGUCAGCACCAGCUGCAAGGAGCAGACAGCCAUCGUGGACCUGUGUGACACGCUUGUGGUGGAAGUGCAGCCGCCCCUCAGGCGGCUCUGCCUGGUGCUGCUGGAUGCGGGGAUCGUGGCGGAGCUGCAGAGCGCCGACAUGCAGAACUUCCGGGCAGUUUUCACAGCUGUGGUCCAGGGCCAGGGGGAGAGAGUGGCAGAACUGAUCCUUCAUCAUGCCCGUGCUAACCAGUGCCAGGAUAUCGAGCGAUUCAAAGCUGAGAUGGCGGAACUAGUGACCAAGGUCCGGGGAAACACUGUUGCCCUAGGAAAGCUUCAGGUGGCAAGUCUCCUCUCGAAUGUCUUUAAACUGUUGAUGACCCAUAAGGUGAAGCUUGAGAGCAAUUUUGCUUCCAUCAUCUUUGCCAUCAUGGUUCUGGAAGGCCUUGGUCGUUCACUGGACCCUGAACUGGACAUCCUAGAGGCAGCUAAACCACUGCUCAUCAAAACUGCAGCUUCUGUCCUCAAAUAG